AUGGGCUGCACUUUCUGCAAGUAUUCGAAACAGGCGUGUUGGGUGUACGGAGACGUCUUUCUUACGACAAGUAGGUCUGCCUGCUUUCGGCAAGUAGACUUCCUAAAGAUGAAGUCUGCCAGUACAGCACAGGAGACCCUGAAUCAGAUCUAUGCCAACAGGAGCUUGUCCAGUGUGUACAGUAUUCCUCGCAGGCAGACUGGGGCUGGGUCUUGCCUUGAGGAGGUCAAGAAAGAUGGCAGAGAGUGGAGGGAGGUCAUCAAGAUUGUUCAACAGUCAGUUGUGGACAAAAACACCAUGGCAAGAUGGCAGAUUGACAAAAUCCAACUAUGUGUCAACACAACACUGGAGGAGCAGUUCAUCAAGAAAAGACAGAAAAUGAAGGAGGAUGGACGAAGUAACAAGGAACUGAUGGAACAACAUGCCUUCCACGUGGUGUCUCAUGCAAAGGCCAAACAUGUGUGUCAGAGUGGCUUGGAAGUUUGUCAGGGGCCAUCAGUUUUUGCCAACAUCCUUGGAAGGUCAGACAUGGGCGUGCAUCUCAGGCGGAAUGCUGACAUCACACUGAAGCUGGCAGAGAAAUGCAGCUAUAGUCAGACUGCCCUUGUAGUGUUCAAGAUCAUUCCAGGAAGGAUCAAGUCCAUUCCCACGAGCUUCAAGCUGAUUGAAGAAGCCAUGGAACCGACACCCAACUUUGACUGCCACGUGUCUAACAGGAAACCCACGGCUUGGCAGAAGGAAGCCCAUCAACUUGCAAACAGCUGUAUCUAUCUGUACGAGUAUGAUGAUUCUUGCCACCCAAGCAAAGCACCCCGCCAGAUUCUUCCCUACGCAGUCCUGAGCUGUACACUGGUUUCUCCACCAAAAGUACCGGUGACUUCAGUCAUCUCUGUAACAGAUGUAAGUACUACAGACACAGAUGGGUCAUGCUCAGACAUGGACAUUGUUGAUGACAGUGAUGAUGCUAAAGACGAUGAGGUCAAAAAGGCAGAGUCUUCUAGUACCUCAGUGUCUACUGAGGCUGUAAGAGGAAAGCAAGCAUCUGAAAGAAGAAAAAUAUUGUCAGUUGAAGAUAUCCAAGGUUGUAAUCUUGGCCCAAGCAGUCAGUCUGAUGCUGGUGUAUUUGUGAAGCCAAGGCCACUCCCGUGUGGGAACAAGAAAUCGCAGAAAACAAAUCACAGCACACAUCCAACCACCAGCCAGGGAACGAGAAGAACCACACUCCUGCAGCCAGCAACUUUCCAGUAUGGAAGUAAGGAGUCAAAGACCAGUGAUCAAAGUACAGUACAAUCAGAAAGCAAUAGUGGCGGUACCUCAUCUCAAAGAUUAAAGAAUAUGGCAGCCGGUUUCUUUGCUAAGCUGAAAGAUCCCAGGAUACAACAGGCACUACAGAGCAAGAAGUCAUAUGCCACUUCUGGUGUGAAAGGGGGGACAAGAAAGGAACCAGAACGUAAACCUGAUAUCCCAGAAAAUGCCCAGGAAGGUAGGUUGAAGUCAAAACCAAAGAUGAGACAAGCAGAGCACAGCACAUGGCAAGAAAUGAAGAAGACAAGUUCAGACGUGUUGAAAAGAGAAAGAGCUAGAAAACAGGAAGCAAUGCCAAUGAGUUACAGUUCCAAACAAGUUUCGACAAAGUGCAGUAUAUCUAGCAAAUCUCUGACUGUGGGCAGAAGUGCUUCAAAACACACAGGGGGCAUUACAAAAAGAAAGCUGAGUACAAGGUUUAAAGAAAAGAUGAAGAAGCAACUGGCAGAUGUGCUCCUGGCAGAUGAAAUCAAAAUACCUCCUAGAAAAGGGCAGAUGUCAGCUGGCAUUCAGAAGGAAAAGAAGCCAGGAGAAAACGUCAAAGAGACCAAGACACGCAAUCAACAGAGUGGCUUUCAAGAUGGCAAGUCAAGUGCCUUUGAAAGACAAGUACCGGUAAAGAACAUCAGACACACUGAUGACAAACAAAAUGCAACUGAAAGCAAUCCAGCUGAACAACCAGAAGAGGGAUUGAAGAAAGGCAGUGAUACACCUGUGAAAGAACUGCUGUCAGGAAAGGCCAGUGGUUUGGACCCAUCAGAUUCUGAGCACACGGAAAUGUUGAGUGCUCUACAGUCCCUAGACCAGACUCUGGAUCACCUCACUCCAUCAACUGUUGCCGUAUCAUCAUCAGAAAUGUCAGAUUCUACAAGUGAAGAAACGUUGUGUAGAGCACACAAGGUCAACAAGACAGUGUUUGUCAAAACAGAGGAAAAUGUUUCUGCAUCUGUUCAAGAAGAGGAGAGCAAGUGCCUUGAAGUCAUGGACAUGCUGGAACAGAAUGUUUUUCAGGCAGCUCAAAUUGAUUAUGAGAGAAACAAAGUGAGUGCAGGAAAUAUGUCACCAAAAGAAAGAUCAGUGAAGUUGGAAGUUGAUUUGAAAGAGAUGCAAGGGACAGAUACAAACAAUGGGGAGGAGAGCACAGCACAUUUGCAAGCUUCAGGAAGUAAAAAUCACCCAGAGGAUUCAUCAUCAAAGAGGACCAUCAAACAAGAAGCUACUGAUACAACAGACCCCUCAUGUCAAAACCUGUGUGUUAAAGCUGACUUUACUGAAGAAAGCUUGAUGGAAUCCCAGACAUGUGAUGAAGAAGCUACUGGUGGUAACAAUUCCACAAUGUUUGUAAUUGAUCAAGUAUUCUCCUUGGCAGGAAAUGGCACCAGUCAGACAUUGGCACAGGAACAAGAAGAAAAGAUCAUUCCUGAAGACACAGUCAGAUGUCUUCCCUAUGAACAGGCUACCAGUAAUGUCCUGCCUGCUAGUCAGAUAGGUGAGCCUCAAGGCCACAACCAAAAUGGUUUGCCAAUUUCAGAUGCCAUGGAUUUAGGCAGCAAAGCUGGAAAUUUGGAAAUAAAUACUACCAGGCCUUUUGUUACAACUACUUCAGUUGGAGUGGCCAGGCCUCAGUCCAGUAGACCAAGUGCGAGUCAGGAUACUGGAAGUGCCACCUUGGGAAGGAGAGAUGCUACUGCAGGUGUGAGAGGAGGUCAAGGUUGCCAGACAAGCUAUCAGUCACGGAGUUGUAUGUGGCUGAGAAAAGAUGCCAUGCUGGAGUCAUUGUUGAUGGGAUCACUCAACACCUUGGAACUCGGCAUCCAAAACUUGCAGGCCAGGAGUGACUGCCCCCAGCUGGUGAUAGCAGUGAGAACGGCAGCAACUAUAGCCACCAGAACCUCCGCCACCCUCCUGGAGUUAGCAGUGCAAGAGGUCCGAGACCACAUGUCUAGGAAGCCUGACCAGAUGCUGGGAGGAAUGCUUCAAGAACCAACAUUGGAUUGUAGGAAGUUGGAAUCGCUCAUCUCAGGAACGAUUAACACACUAAAGAUGACGUCAGACAACAUGGACGACAGUUGCUCUUUGCAGUCAUCCUUUAGGACGGCCCUUACAUUGUUGGAGUUGGCACUGGACAUUGUAUGGAUAAGAAGCCAGCCCAGAGGGCAGCCUGAGCUUUAUAAUAUCCCACCAUCACAAGGUGAAAGCAUGGCUAGUGAGGCACACCGUCCCAUGGAAUGUCAAUCAAAUGUGUUCAGUAGUCAGUGGGAGGAGUCAGGGAGACAUUGGCACACCAAUAAUGAAAGGGCACAGCAGGUCACAGUGUUUCCCAUGGAAAAGCAAGAGAGACAUGGAAGCAGCCAAAGGAAGCUGGUAACAGGUGGCACCAGUGAUGUUACAGGAAGAGCAAAGCCAAUCACCCCACCACCACUACCACCACCACUUCCCACCUUCAUGUCAUUUCCACCACAGCAGUUGUUCACCAUUGCUGAAAGGCCUGUAAGCUCACCUUCCUUACCCUCAGGUGAAGCAGCAGAGUUAGGUGCAGACCACUGCAGUAACUUGAUAGGAAUGUCAAGGAAGUGUGGAGACUCAGAGCCAGAGUGUGCAGUGAUCGGAACCAAAGAGAUGAGCGCAAGUACCGGUAUGCAGACAAAAAUGCUUCACACAGGGAAGCACAACACAUCCAAAGUAGAAGGUAGCUGUGAUGACAAAGGAGUAACACCAAACCUCAGUAUAAACGUACAGAACAUGACGGUGGACCACAAUGAGAACAAUCAUGUAGAAGUUAAUCUAGAAUCUUUUACUGGAAAGACUUAUUUGUGGCAUUCUGCCGAAGAAAAGAGAAGAGACAGAAAUGAGGAAUUGACUCCAAUGCUGUGUGAUGAGCCCAUGCCAUUGGAGAAGGCCAGGACAGAACAAGAAGGUGAACAAAAAGGUGAAGAAGAGAAGAGUUCUCUCAAAAUGAAAGCAGCAUUCCCUUCUGAAGACACCAGGGCAAUGCCUGGAUUUGCUCUAUUCCAGGAAACUGAUGACAAGCACAGGAUGCUUUGUGAUCAUGAAGAGUCACGAAACCAGGCAGAAACACAACCCUGUACUAAAAAUUCUUCAUCGCCUGAACAGAUGAGUAGGAGGAUGGAAGAAUCUAAUGCAAAGCUGACCCAAAAAACACUACCUACAAAGAUAAGUCGAAGAAUGAAACGUAUGAGUCGAAGGAAAGGCUUGAUUAACAAAAGCCAGAAAGGCGGAGGACAAGACAAUGAUGGAAGCACAUAUGUAACAUAUGAUCCAUCACUUCAUCCAUUCCAGGUGGUUGUUGUCAGUCAACUUGCAGAUGAUAAUAUGGAGCAGUUGGCAGAUGAUGUGCCUACACUCACAGAUCAUCAUGAAUUUGACUCCAGUUUGAGCUCAUCUGUGGGAGGGCAAUCAUUUCACUCCUCAUCUUCACAUGACAGCUUUCUCUGCAACAAGGAAACUGUGGCUAAAAACACAGCAUCCAAGGGUGCCUCCAGGCCCUUUUCGUGUGCUGCCUCCGUGUCAAAAGGAGAGCUCACUGAUGUAGAAAGCACCUGUACCUUUUCAGGAAAACUUGCAGCCAACGUCAGCCCAACUCUUGGUAACAAGCUAGCCAUGGCAGCUGUACUCUCAACAAAAUUAAGCUGCCCAAAGAUGUUCAUAAAUGAGCAUAGCACAGCAUCCCCUGUGAAAGAGACGACUACAAAAGAAUGUGAUAGGCAGACGGAGAAAGAAGCCUAUGUAAGAGCAAGGAAGCAAUGGACAAGAUUAUGCAAAUCACUUGUUCACCAGGAAGUAACAAACAAAGCAGGCAGGGAAGUGAAGGCAGAAGAGCAACAAAAGUCACCAAAUAUUGACAGUGGCUCAGCAACAGUGCAUGGCAGUGGACUUGAGGCAAAGACUGAACUGACUGAACAGAACACUUCAGAGUCCACAGCAGCAGCUAGCUCUCAUGAAGCUGGAAACUCUGUUCUGUAUGGAGAAAAGGAAGGGUCAACACCAUCUAACAAGAGUAGUGGGUCCCCUGGAAAUCUGUGUGAAUCUGAACUGUGUAAGACAUUCAGCGUGACAAGUCCUCAAGACAAUGGCCAGGGUGCUGAAGGACCGAUGUUGCACGAUCCAGAGGAGCCUGCACCAGACAGAAUCUGCACACCAUUGUAUAAUGCUGUGAAGAUGUCGCAAGAUUCUAAGCCGUUUGAUUUUGACAUGGUGCUCUCUUGCGCCAGGUCUGGUCAUGCACAGCAGGUGUUCCAGUGUGUUACAGACCGGAUGAAGAAAGUGUCUGCAGAGAUAGAACAAUUCCAACAGGGAAUCGUGCAUCUUGAGUUGAAUAAGAACAUCCUUGAUGGAGUCAACCUGCAGAAGGACCAACACAAGCUGCUACUCAGAGCUGCCACCAUUCACCUGUCAGAAAUCAGCACAGAACUCGAAAUGCUACAGGCGACCAAGACGUACCUUUCUAACAUACAGAGGAGAGAAAAACAGAAAACCCCUCUCAGAGAUGUGAGCCUUGUGCCUGAGGAGGAAUUUGCUCCUCCAGAAGAGAGGAGACCUGAUACAAUCAGGAACAUACUGCUGAGACAACUGGACAUGAAGAAAGGCCAAGUGAAGGCCCUGCACAAAAGUCUGAGGUCGUAUCAGCAGAUCAAUGGGAACAACACUGAGUUUGUCAGGAUGCUACUUAGGUCUCAAAUUCACGCCCAUGGAGAGGACAUUCAUCAGUUGGAAGAUGUGUUGAAGGAAGAAAAGCCUUCUGUUAGGAUCAUCCCCGACAAGGCCAAGAUUUCUGAGGUACAGGAGAGGCAAGCCAAGUGUCAGGACCUUCUGAAGACACUGCUCAAGGAUAGCUCACCAGAUCAUGCCAAGAUAGAGUGGUGCAAGAUGAAGUGUGGGAAAUACCACACGAUUCUCCUGUAUGAAGGGGACAAGUGCUAUCUGUGGGAGAACAGAAAUCGCUCAAAGUCAAAGUCCCCUGCAGAAGAUGACAAGACCAAGCAACUAGACAGCAGAGAGAUCUCAACUGCAGAAGCUCAGAACUCUUUGUCCGCAAAGACCAUGAAGAGACAGCAUGAUGCAGGUGGAAAGCAACAUCAUGAGAAGCAGUCAAGCAAAAAGAGAAAGACUGUCCAGAAAAGACUGGAUCAUGAAGUGACAUCACAAAGUCACGUCAACCCCACUGCUGAUGAGACUACAGUGGAGGCCAGUACAUCCCUCCAAGAGAAGCCUGGAGAAAAAGGACAUUCGGGCUUCACUGACAGACCAGAGAGACCGGAAGUCGUAUCAACUGAAAAGACACAGAAACCAUCAGCUACCAGAGUGCCUAGUCCUUGUGAUUUGCAUCAACAGCAACCCAGUGUAACUGCAAAAAGCUCUAAGAGCUUGCAAGUUACUAUCAUCAAUCCAGAUGCCAAAGGACAAGCUAAAGUAGCAGUUGGCCAAUCAUCCAAGGCAAGUCAGGACAUCCCUGGGGAAUCUACUGGAACAAUACAAUCUGUUGUCACCAAGACAGAGGCAGCAUCUGUGGCCACUGCAGUUUCACACAGCAUCAGCACUGUCAGGGAUUCCAGUCUCCAGGAGAGGAGAACAUUCUCUGUCACCAGUAACUUGACUAAGUGUCCUCUUGACUCGGAAGGUGGUAGGAAAGUGAAGACUGCUGACACCAAGAACAUCCGGACCCACGUGUACCUCACAAACAGAACAGUACCCAGUCCAUCUAGGCAGGCGGCUGGCCCUGGUGUCCACUGUACAUCUCGUACACUGGACAAACGGUCCUUUUUACCUCGGUGUCCUAAUAACAUGUAUUCAGCAGUUCCCUACACCUAUCCUGUACACAAAACACCACCCCGUCAGGUCCAGUACCCCACCAGUCACCUACAGCACCGAGGGAACUGGUCGUUACUGGGUACGGGCCCAAAUGUUCUUCACAGACCAAUGAUUGCACCACACACCAUGUUUCCUUUCCCUAACCAACCAAUGUUCCCAAACAGGUGGCAAACAAAUUAAUGUUGUUUGGUAGAUAGAAACACUAUGUUUAUGUGUUAUUGUCAUAGUCAUAAUGCCUAGUGUUGUUUGAAAAAGGAAACAGGUCUUUAAUAGAAGUCCUUAUUUCUUAACACUUGCCACAAAGCCAUGUAUGACUGGUCACUGUGAUUUGGAAAGACAGGUAAGAGAAGAAGUAUUUCAUAGUUAGUGUUGUGAACAACUUUUGUUCGGUUCUUGUUGCAUUGAAGUGGAUCGUCACAUGCAUGCGAAAUACAGUUGAAAGUUUACAUUGUAUCUCAGUAGUUACAGUUCAUCAAUGAUACAAUGUUUACAACAUCAUAACUUGGUCUGAAAAACGUCAGAAGCCAGACAUGGGCUUAAGUAUCGUUAAAAAAAUGCCACAACAUGUAACAGGCAGCAUUAUGGAAAUGUACAAGUAGAGUUUGUCAUAGAUUAGAUUGUGUAUUUCAUGUUUGAAUCAUCCAACUAUUUCGGUUCUUUAUAUGGCGGCAGAAAAAAAGAUAAGUGGAGGGGAAUAGUUGUCUUCUUGAGUAAAGUACAUUAGUCUGUGAGCUGAAGUACUUGCCCUUACUUUGUGAAUAAUUACUUACUGUGCUCUUUUACCUGAAAUCUGUGGACAAGAUUCACUUGGUUUGAAAAAACAGCCAACGAUUUUUUACAUGUGACUUGAUAAGUUGUACUAUAAAGAAAAAGAUCUUAUUAUAGGACUAAGUAAUUUACUUGACCAUGUUCCUGUUACACAAAUGUUAUAUUUUUCAAUACAUAUAUGUAUUUAUAUAAUAAAUUUGUUGGUUGUUUACAACGGUGUGUUCUUACAAGCGACAUAACCACCUUGUUAUUUAGGACAUCAUCAGGUGCCAA